AAAAAAGUUUUCUUUAUCAGUUCACUUGGUGCAACGGUCUGGCAUUAACGUAGGUCAAAAUCUCUCUUUUUUCGGCAUUCUCGAUGAUUAAUUCAAUGGCUUUUCGCAGUCCGUUAGUGCUCCACGACUUUACGCUACGGAAUUUAAUUGUCGCGAUUAUUGCUCAUGUUGUGUACAAAGUGCAAGUUUUUACGACAUUUCAUUUGAACGAAUUUUUGAAACCGCGAAUUUGGAUCACGAGGAAUUUUUUAAGAAUGUCUAACGCACCUUUUGAUAUUUGCACCGAUCCCCCAUCGCCAGCCGUUCUGGAGAUUGCCAAAAAUGAGCUUCGCGAGACGCCAGAAGUACGUGAACAAGCCAUCAAGGAACUCAGAGAAUUGUUGCACGAAGCAAAGGAACUAAAUUAUGGAGAUUCUGAUGAUUUUUUGCUCAUUUUUUUGAGACCAUGCAAAUUCUAUCCCAAAAGUGCCUUGGAAUUGAUGCGUCGCAUUGCGGAUUUCCGUAAGACGUAUCACGAUCUCGUCUACAAACUCAUGCCAGAGGAUGAGAAAGCUGCCUUUUGUGAAAAUAAUGUCGUGAAUAUUCUCACGAAUCGCGAUCAAAAGGGACGUCGUGUGAUGAUCGUCAAUGCUGGCGCCAUCUGGGACCCGAAUGCCGUAUCAGUCGAUCAAAUGUUCCGCAUGUUCUAUUUGAUCCAUUUAUUGGCGCAACUCGAGCCCGAAUCGCAAGUUAAUGGCGUCGUCGUUGUCAUGGACUACGAAAAUAUGGGAUUGAAGCAAGUGAAAGCAAUGACUCCGGGCUCCACGAAACGCUUGAUUACCUUCAUUCAGGACGCGAUGCCACUUCGUAUGAAGGAAGUGCACAUGAUUAAGCAGCCCUACGUCUUUAACAUGGUAUGGAGCGUGGUGAAGCCUUUCUUGAAGGAAAAGUUGAAGAAUAGAAUAUUUUUCCACGGUAGUGACAUGAAAAAAUUGCACAAAUAUCUCGAUCCGGAAUAUCUGCCAGAAAACUACGGAGGAAAAAUGCCAAAGCUUAACUACACGGGCAAAGAUUGGUUCCCAUGCGUCAACAAUUAUCGCGAUCACAUCGAAAAAUGGGGAACUUAUGGCUACGCUGAUCUGUCGUAAAAAUCUUUUGUUUGAGCAGCUGACAUUCCAAAAAAUACUUUGUUAAAUAAAAACUGUUUUGUACUCACAAAUGGGUUUCGUCAUCUGUGCGAAAUUUCUUUAAUCAAGUGCAAUCAUGCAAAUCUUAUUUUUUGCAUCAAUUUCAUUAAAAUUUUUAACUAAAAUUAAAAGAUAAGGCCGCUCUAAA